AUGAUUGCUUUGAUCACAACCGCUGCGUUAAUCAUCAUUAGCCUACUUCUCAUUACCGCGCUUUUUUUGAAAUAUAAAUUGCAAGUGGAAGUCUGGUUAUAUAACCGCAACAUAUUGAGCUGUUGCAUCCAUGAACGUGAGCUGGAUAAGCAUAAAACAUUCGAUGCUUUCAUCUCCUAUGCGCACCAACAGGCCGACUUUGUCAACCACACAUUACUGCCACAACUCGAGCAGGGCGAACCGCCAUUUCGUGUAUGUACGCACGAACGCAAUUGGCUGGUUGGCGCUUAUAUACCUGAACAGAUUAUCGAAUCGGUCGAACAGUCGCGACGUACGAUCAUUGUGCUCUCGCAGCACUUCAUCGAGUCGGAAUGGGCGCGCAUGGAGUUUCGCACAGCUCACCAAUGCUCGCUCAAUGAAGGUCGUGCGCGCAUAAUUAUGAUUAAAUAUGGCGAAAUUAUCAACAGUGAAUUAUUGGAUAAGGAAUUGAAGACAUACUUGGAUAUGAACACAUACUUGGAUUGGCAAGAUACCAGAUUUUGGGAUAAAUUACGCUAUGCUAUGCCACAUAAAAUGGGUAGAAAACGAAAUGCCGAUAUGCUGGAAGUUGGCGGCAGAAGGUGUGUUAUGGCACAAAAUCCUCAUUUGUGUGACGAGAGCGUUUAAAUU